AUGGGCGGCUCUAUCCGGGCGUAUGACUCAUUACAUCCUAUCAAUAACUACAUUUAUGGCAACAUGAGCGGGUCCGGGUACCUAGGAUCAUAUGUCUCUUCCCAAUCGAUAGCACGCAACUGGAGCGACAUACCAGACGAGCACGUCUCGCAGCGUCUGACCGAGGUUUUAAAUACGUACUGGGAAUCUAGCCGCUGGAUGCCUACAAUGACACGAGCUGAUCCGUUUGCGCUAUCGUCGAUGGAUUUAGCAACGCGUGAACCCUUCCCAGAGCUCCUCCUAACGCAGGCCCUGGCGAGUAUCACACGCCAAGCCCCAAUCUACAAAGCAAGUCUUCCGUGGAUUCUGACUCUUAUCCUAUGCUCCGGCACACUGUUUAUCGUAGGCCUCGUCAACAUCGCUGUAGCUCUACAAACAUCUGUGCCUGGUAUUUUCGGUUUCGUUUCAUCGCUUACGAGAAACAAUCCGUAUGUGCAUUUGCCCAACGGCGGCUCAACUCUAGAUGGAACCGAGCGUGCAAGACGGGUUAAGAGUAUGAGCGAGUAUAGCUAA